UCGGUCAUGUGUGAACUUGAAACGUGACAUGACAGGAAAUAAAGCGCGCUCCUCUCUGACUGGCACGUCGCUGCGUAACAGGGAAGUGAGGCCGAGCCUACUUUCUGCUGCUUCAAAACUUCUCCGUGCCUGAACUGCUCGCUGCUCUAAGGUGCUCUCUUCUCGGGUAGAAAAAAGUGAAAAAGGACAGCGUUUCAGAGAGUGAUGGAGGCAGGAAAUGUGGAGUAGCAGAUCUCUAGUGGCGGAGGACUUAUGAGACAGAGGAGGAGGAAGAGGAGCGUUUCUUCAAUGCUUUGAAACCUUUAUCUAACUGAAGCAGCCCGGCUUGAUCAUGGCGCAGUGGGUGCACAUGUCCCAGAUGAUACAGUGCCUGUCUGAUGCCACCAUCAACAACCUCUACCCCCCAGAUGCCUUCCCCAUCGAAGUCCGACACUUUUUAGCAGAAUGGAUUGAGAGCCAAAGCUGGGACGACUUUGCGCUGGAAAAGGUGGAGCAGGAGAGCCAGGCUCAGCUCCUGCUGGACACGACCAUCAGCAUGCUGCAGGCGCUCGCUCAUCAGAACGCCAACGUGGUUGACAGGAUGAAGCUGAUGCAGAUCAGCAGGAACAUGAACAUGUUUCACAUGCGGCAGCCUCUGCAGUUUGGAGUGAUGGUCCGAGACAUCCUCACCAAGGAAAGGGUCCUGCUCCGCACGCCCCCUCAGAUGCCCAACCCUCCACAGUAUCCACAGUACCCAAACAGUGAGUCAACGUUCCCCAACACGCAGGAUGUAGACCACCUGGUCCUGAAGGUGCUGGAGGUCCAGGAGAUCCGACAAAAGAUGCACCAGCUGCAAGAAGACCUCAACUGGGAGAGGCAGAACUAUGAGGGUUUACAAGGGCCGAUCCAACAGAACGGACUGGAUCCUGCAAAGUCAGAAAUCCAGAAACUCCAGAAUCACAUCCAGCAGCUGGAGUACAAUGUGAAGGCCAUGGCCACGAAGCGCUUCCAGCUGCUGAAGGAGUGUGUGGACUGUCUGGACCAGUGUCAGACCCGACUGAUGAGCAGGCUGAAGGCGUGGCGGUGGGAGCAGCACAAGGCUGCCAUCGGACAUCCCUUCGAUGACAACCUGAACCCCCUGCAGACCUGGUGUGAGCAGCUGCUUGGUGUGAACGGGAAGCUGAGACAAGAGUUGAUGCUGAUUGGAGAACCGAUCCCAGAGCUCCAGGAGAGGCUGGGAAAACUUCUGCAGGUUCUCAUUCAAAGCUCUCUGGUGGUGGACAAGCAGCCCCCUCAGGUCAUUAAGACCCAGUCAAAGUUCUCCACAACAGUGCGAUAUCUGCUGGGGGAAAAAGUGGCUCCCGGGAAGCCCGUGGUGCUGAAGGCACAAAUCAUUAAUGAAAUGCAGGCCAGGAGCGUGGGCAGCAUGCCGGGUGAUAAUGUCGGGGAGCUGAUCAACAACACCGCCAUCCUAGAACACAACACGGCCAGCAAGAGCACAUGUGCCACCUUCAGGAACAUGUCUAUCAAGAAGAUCAAGAGAGCAGACCGAAAGGGAUCAGAGUCUGUGACGGAGGAGAAAUUUGCUCUCCUGUUCUCGACAGAGAUCAACAUCACAGGGUGUGACAUUCCCUACAGGAUACAGAUGAUCUCACUGCCGCUGGUCGUCAUCGUCCACGGGAGUCAGGACAACAACGCUCUGGCCACCAUCAUAUGGGACUGCGCUUUUUCUGAACCAGACAGAGUGCCGUUCAUGGUGCCGGAGCGCGUGCCCUGGAGGAUGAUGUACAGCACCCUGAACAGUAAAUUCACCUCCGAGGUCCAGACGCAUCACAACCUGGACCAGUACAACCAACAUUUCCUGGCCCAGAAGAUAUUUGACAGGCCCGACUUUGCGGACGACUUCAGCAACAUGAUGGUUUCCUGGGCCCAGUUUAAUAAGGAGGUUCUCCCGGGUCGACCGUUCACUUUCUGGCAGUGGUUUGAGGGAGUGAUGGAGCUGACCAAGAAGCACCUGAAGGCCUACUGGAGUGAAGGGCUGAUCUUUGGUUUUAUUGGGAAGCAACAUCUGCACCUGAUCCUCAAAGACCGACCCAACGGGACGUUCCUGCUGCGCUUCAGCGACUCUGAGAUCGGAGGCAUCACUAUCGCAUACGUGUCCGCUUCUGAGAACGGGGGACAGAAGAUUCAGAACAUCCAACCCUUCACCAAGAGAGAUCUGGAGAUCCGAAGCCUCGGCGACCGCAUCCGAGACAUCAUCCACAUAACAUACCUGUAUCCUGAAUUCGAUAAAAACGACGUUUUCAAAAAAUUCUACACAGAGCCUCAAGCAGCAGCCAACAGAGGCUACAUCCCCGUGUCUCUGCAUACUAAAGUCGGCACGGAAGCUGCAGGCACGCUCCCAGCUCCUUCCAUGCCCCACGCUGAAGGAGGCUUCAACGUGCAUCAGUUCCCGCAGCCAUUCAGCCCCCAUUCAGAUACGCUGAAUCAGGACAUCAUGGACUCUGCACCUUCUCCUGAGUUCUGCCAGAGCCCUCCUGGCGGCUUCAGUGAACACAAUCCAGCUGGUAACAACAUGGAGCUAGACUUGGACACUCUUCUCCAAGAUCUGAACCAUUAGGAGGAUUUCCCGUCAAAGUUGUUUUUGGAGCAACAUCAGAGAGAGACCAAAGUCGUUGCGUUGACUUUUUCUUCCACGUUAAGACUUUUUAAAUUUUUUUUUGUGGCAUUUCACGCUUUAUUUGAUCGGGACAGAGAGAAUGCAGGGCGAGACAUGCAGCGAAGGGACCUCUGGGCCGGAUUUGAACCUGGUUCCGCUGCAACAAGGACUCAGUCUUCGUGGUAUUCGCUCUACCUGUGAGCCAUCUAUUUCAUCUACUUGUAAGUAAAAGCAAGUGUGAUUUCUCUGGGACUCAACAUGUCGAGCUGGUGCUACACGGAAGCAGGCAAACUUGAGAACAAAUGAAAUGUUCUGUCAUCUACAUUUGAUUCAUAUUUGAUUUGCUCUCUCUCACCUGCUGGCUUAUUUGUGGAUGUCAGCUACCAGAGAUGAUUUUGUCCAUGACCGUAUAUGAAUAGUAUUCCCCUCUUGUAUAUAUAACCCUUCCUUAUGAUGGCUAAGCCUCAGCUACAGUAGGAUAUACACCCGAUAUUGCCGUACCGCACAGCAUGCAUGAUAAAAAACUCCAUAACUCCGCCUGUGUUUAUGAUAUGGGACAUAAGGGACACAAAUAAGCUUUUCUAUCACCGUUGACUGUGAAACUAUUACCACAUAAUUGGACACAUGUUUUGCAGCAGAGGGCAGAAGUUGUGAUGAUGUUGGUGGUGGGAAAUGCUUAAAUGAUAUCUUAAAGACUCAAUUUUCUGUUAUUUUUAAGCUUUGGUUUGUUAAUUCCAGCCAAUAAUGUUUG